UUUAUUAAACUUUUAAACUCUAUAAAAAUGAUGUGAACCUCGUUUUUCACGGGGCUUUGUGGAUACCUGGACAGCUGAGGCACAGCGGGGGAUCAGGAUUUUGUGGGUUCAGGCUGGGAUCGUGGGUGAGGAAACUGAGGCACAGCCCGAGCUCAUCAGGCCCUGGGGAAUCCACCUGUGCCUCGUUUGGCCCCAGGUAUUUAGGGCCCUUUUUCAGCAAUUUCCCCCCUUUUGGAGAGUCAGCUCCGAGGGUGCAGCUUCUGUUGUUUUGUGGGAUGGGGGAGCCCAGCAGAGCUGGGGGGUGGCCGGGGGUCCUGAAGCCCUCAGAGAUCCUGGAGCCCUCAGGGGUCUCAGAACCUUUGGGGGUCUCUGAGCCCUCAGGGGUCCCAGAGCCCUCAGGGAUCCCACAGCCCUCACAGGUCCCAGAUCCCCCGGGGGUCCUGCAGCCCUCGGAGGUCCCAGAUCCCCCGGGGGUCCUGCAGCCCACGCCACCCCCCGAGGUGCUGGAGGGGCUCCUGAGGCAGCGCUUCGGGCCCUUGCCCCGGCCGGCCGCCAUCGCCCGCCUGCGGCGCGGCCCCAGCGGGGCCUACGAGCCCACCGGGGACCCCAGCGAGGCGCUGGAGCGGCGGCAGGCGGCCAACGCCAAGGAGAGAGAGAGGAUCCGGAACCUCAACAGCGGCUUCUCUCGGCUGCGGAGCCUGGUGCCGCUGGUGCCGCGGGACCGCCGGCCCUGCAAGGCCGACACGCUGCGGGCAGCGGCCCAGUACAUCCGCCUGCUGCGGGGCGUGCUGCGGGACACGGGGGGACCCCCAAAGCCGGGACACUGCCAGGAACACAGCAAUGAGCAGGAGUUGGGGGACGCUGGAGGGGUGUCCCUGGGGGGGCCACCUGAGAGCUGGCCUGGCAGUGCCCCCCCGUGCCCGUGGGGACCCCCAAGCCCGGGGCACUGCUGAAGAGUGAGGGGAUGGUUUUUCCUGACAUCCCUAAAAAUCCGGGGGGCCCCGCCGGGGUCUCCCCCGAAAGCCAAGUUCAAGGCUCCAGUUCCCAUUUUUGGGG